AGGCGGCCGCCUUUUUCAUCUCAGCUCAAGAUCCACCCUGAGUACAUUUACGCCACAAAUUACCCUCUAAUUAAAAUUACACCCUUCAAAAAAAUAUAAUUCAAUAAAUAAUAAAUACACACAAAUUCCAAGAAAUUAAUUAUAAUAAUAAUAAAAACAAAUUCUCAGCAAUUUCUCAAACCGAUUCUUCUUUCAUCUCCCUUAUAUAUAACUUAGUACACAUUCAACUCACUCACUCACUCAACUCAAUCCAAACCUUUCUCAAAAAACGACACCGUUUCCCCAUAAAAAACCACUCAAAACAAACACUUUCCCAAACCAAAACCAUAACAAAAUACCCACGCGCCGCCGCACCAACCUUCUCCACAGAUGAAGAAUCUUCCUCCUCCGCCACCGCCGCCGCCGCGUUUCAUGGUGAUGACGUACCCAGCUCAAGGCCACAUAAACCCAUCUCUCCAAUUCGCCAAACGCCUCGCCACCACCUUCGGCGCUGACGUCACCUUCAUCAUACCCCUCUCCGCCUACCGCAAAAUGACCAAAUCUUCGGGUUCGGAUCCGGACCCGGAUCCAAAACCCGGGUCGGGUUUGAGUUUCGCUCCGUUUUCGAUAGACGGUUACGAAGACGGUUACAAACACGGCGGUGAUAUGAAACACUACACGUCUGAGAUGAGACGUUGCGGAUCUAAAGUCAUAUCAGAUCUCGUCGUUUCGAGUCGAAACGACGAUCGACCUUACUGUUGCUUCGUCUACACUCUUCUCCUUCCUUGGGCCGCCGCGGCCGCCGCCGAUCUCGGAAUUAAGCCGGUGAUGUUGUGGAUUCAGGCGGCGACGGUUUUCGAUUUGUAUUAUUAUUAUUUCAAUGGGUUUGGAGAAGUUAUUAGGGAGAUUAUGGGAAAACGACAAUCUGAUUCCAAAACGACAUUUCCUGGGUUGUCGUUUGAGUUUAAACGACAAGAUUUUCCGUCGUUUAUGGAUGCUGAGGAUGUUUAUUACUUUAUUAUUAAUCAUUUUGAAGAACAGUUUUCGAUGAUUUCGAGUAGAGAUCAUAAAAAAUCGUCAAUAUUGGUCAAUACUUUUGAUGAGUUGGAAUCUGAAGCUUUGCGAGCGGUUAGCGAUAUUAGUGGUCAGAAAUUGAUUGGGAUUGGACCGUUGAUUCCGUCAGCUUUUACUGACAGAAUUGACCCUUCUGACAAUUCUUUUGGUGGCGAUAUUUUUCACGAGGGAGAAAACGACAAAGGGAGUGUUUUGGAGUGGUUGAAUUCGAAGGCUAAAACGACGGUUGUUUAUGUGUCGUUUGGGAGUAUUUUGGAUUUGAGUAAACAACAAAUGGAGGAAAUUGCUAAAGGGUUGUUAUCUUUUGGUCAACCUUUCUUGUGGGUUAUAAAGUCAAAGGUUGAAAGCUACAACGUUUGCGAUAAUGAGUUAGUCGAGUUUAGAGAAGAGUUGGUUAAGCUGGGAAUGAUAGUUCCUUGGUGUUCUCAAUUGGAGAUUUUGAGUAACGAGUCAGUUGGGUGUUUCGUGACUCAUUGUGGUUGGAACUCGACGCUAGAGAGCAUGGUUUGUGGGGUUCCGAUGGUAGCUUUCCCGAAAUGGUCAGAUCAAAGGACGAAUGCUAAGUUGAUCGAGGAAGAGUGGAAAAUUGGGGUGAGAGUGAAACCAAACAAGGAUGAAAUUGUUGAGGGCGAAGAAAUUAAGAGGUGUUUGGAGACGGUUAUGAGGAAAGAAAAUAAUGAAAUGGAAAGGAACGGAAAGAAAUGGAAGGAUUUGGCUAAAGAAGCUGUGAAAGAAGGUGGUUCUUCUUAUAAAAAUCUUCAAUCUUUUGUGGCAGAAAUGAAUAGUAUAUCUUAAUUUAAUUUAAAGUAAUUUAUUUAUAUAUAUUUUGUGAGAUUUUUAAUUUCUAAAUUAUAUGAUCGUGUGAGAUAUGUUUGAUUCUCCAACUUUCAAUAUUUCAAAUUUUAAUUGAUUAAUUGUCUAGUAAAAUACAUAAAUAUUAUCAUCUGUAUACAUUGUA